GUGAGGUGGUGGGAGUUAUGCUGGGAAUCGCAGAGAUCUCCUCCCACAUUCCCAGGACUGAUAAAUAUUCACUUUCUGCCUGGAAGUCUGACUUCAGAGUGACCAUGAUCCUAAAAUCGUGGCGGCUGCUUUUGGCUGUGGAAUGCAUCUUUAUACGUAUCUCCAGUCAGUCUUCUCCACAGAAGAGACAGUGUACAUUCCAAGUUACUCCCCAAGGUGACAGAUACUCAACUGCUGGCAAUGUGAGCGGGUCAGUGCAGCUCUGUGAGAACACCCGAUGCUGUGUGGGCUAUUAUAUGAUUGUCAAUGGAAAACCAAAGGUUGACAUUCUUGCUUGUGAUAUAGCUGAAAAGUCUUGCCCAGAUGCAACAUGCAAGGCACAAAUACGUUUCAGUGGUCGCGUCAUUAAGUGUGUGUGCAACACCGACCUCUGCAACAGCAACAUCACUUGGGCCCCAGAGUCAGAAGAGCCUCAACUCACCCGCUAUUCUGGAGGUGAUAUUGUGAAAACUGCAUUAACUCUGGUAGGAAUGCUGCUGGUCCUGUGCUUCAUGAUUGCUGCCAAAUGGAUAAGCCUCUCGAAAAAGAAGAAUCCACCCUCCCUUGAUGAUUACAGUGCCUCACAAGUGUGUUCCUGCCAAACAACAAAACACUCUGAGGUUGAUGUUACUAACAUUGAACUACAGCAGAUUGUGAGCCAUGGAGAUUUUGCAACUGUUUGGCAGGGGAAAUACCAGGGGUCCAUGGUGGCUGUGAAGGUUUUCCCUGAAGGGUGGAAACAGAAAUUUACUACAGAGAGGGAGGUUUAUGAGCUACCAUUAAUGAAGCAUCCUGGCAUUGUCCACUUCCUGGGCGCUGGGUGGAAACCAGAUGGAGGCAGAUGGCUCAUUGUGCUGCAAUUUGCUGAAUGUGGUUCUCUCCACUCUUUUCUGUGUGAAAACACCACCAGCUGGAUGUCAUCACUGAAGCUGUGCCAGUCCUUAUUGCAGGGACUUUCUUAUCUCCACUCUGACCUUCACAGAUAUGAUGCGCAUAAACCUCCUGUGGCCCACAGAGACUUAAGCAGCUCCAAUGUGCUUGUGAGAGCAGAUGGUACAUGUGCCCUGUGUGAUUUUGGAUGCUCCACCAUCCUGCGUUCUUUUUCAGGACAUCGUGGCAGACAGAGCCACACAGCAAAUAUGAUGGAUCAUGCUCAGCGGGGCACGCUGCGCUACAUGUCUCCUGAGAUCCUGGAAGGAUCUGUGAACCUGAAAAACACUGGGAGUUUCAUGCAGGGCGACAUCUAUGCUUUGGCACUGCUGCUGUGGGAGAUCUGGAUGCGCUGCUCUGAUUUAUUUGAAGGCGGAAUUGUUCCACAGCAUCAGCUACCUUACAAAUCUGAGCUUGGAGCCAAUGUAACCAAGGAGAGACUAAUCCUGUAUGUGUGUCAUAUGGACAAGAGACCCUCCAUACCUCAGCACUGGAAACUGCUUCCACAGGGAUCUGCGCUGGAGGAGAUCCUGACAGACUGCUGGGACUGUGACCCGGAUGCCCGACUGACUGCUCAGUGCAUUGUCAACAGACUGGUCUCUCUUCAAUCUUGUCACAAUCUCCAUAUCAAGCAUUUACACUGUUCUCUUUGUGUCACUAGUGUUUAGCUUUUUAGUAUAUUUUCAUGGUUUGAACUGUGUAAGUAGCCUCUUGACUUGGGCAUGUUUCCAUCACUCUCUUUCUUUCUUUCUAUUUACUAUUACUAACUCAUUAACUGGGUCAAUGAAUUGUAAUCCAGGUACAUUAAAGUCUUAAAGUGUAUGCACAAUGGCAUAAAGGGAUUUAAUGUUUUUGAGAAAGAGCAAAAUUCAAUACUUCAUGCUCAGCGUCAGGUUUGUUUGUACUGUUUGCAUAAUUUUAUGUAACUGAUAUCUGAUUUUGCUUUCAUGUUUAAACAAUAUAUUUUUUUUUUACUGCACACAUUUUGACUUGUCAGAGAAGAAAAAUUAGGUAGGACUAAUACCUUUAAUGGUGACUCUGUGUAAGUACUCCAAUCCGAGCCAGGGAGCUCACAUGAGGGAAUGUUUUCUUUUUCAUUGAAAAUUUUGCUGGCUUGCUGUCACACUGUCAUGGCACAGUAAUUAUAUGUUGGGGUGACUGUAUCUCCCCUAAUAUUCAACCCCCCCUCCCCAUAUAUUGAUAUAAAAAUAUACAUUAAAAAAAAAUGUUAUGACAGGUGACCAGAAAUCACCAUGUGGAUUAAUCAUUGAGCCUCUAAUAUUACAGUAUACUGACAGAUCUGCAUGGUUUGACUAAGUGGUGUUGCUGCACCCCAGCAGAUCAAAUUUGGUCCCAUCAAUACAGACUCCAUGGUCACCUGAAUACAACAGUUAAAAUUAUUAGUUAACACCUGUGGAAAAAAACUAAAAAUGUUGCAUGUUGAUUGGUUUGGUUAUGUAGGUGCGACAAAACAAAUCUUUGAUUUUUUUUUCUUUUUUUUUUGGUUCAAAUGAAAUUUAAUAAAACUCUAGAAAGC